AUGGUAUUUGCCGAAGGAGAAGAAACAGACAAGAUUAGAUCUGCUGUAUUGUUAAGCCCGAUAGCCUACUUAAGCCAUAUCACCACUCCACUUGGAGUUAUUGGAGCUAAAGCCUUCCCUGACGAAACUUCCCACAGUUUAAUUACAGGAAAGAACUAUUGUCUAAACGCAUCCUAUGACUUGUCUGUCUUGAAGUAUGAAGUUCAAUCAACUGCAGCUAAGAACCUGGUUCAUCUGUCUCAAUCCAUCCGUGGUGGGAUCCUGUCAAAGUACGAUUAUGGAAGUGACAAUUCCAACAUGGAGCAUUAUGGUGAAUCGAAUCCACCGGUAUAUGAUUUGAGAAAAAAUCCUCAUGAUUUUCCCCUGUUUUUGAGUCAGGGAAACCAAGAUGCUCUCUCUGAUACCACAGAUGUGGCGAUUUUGCUAGAUUCAUGUCUUAACCUGCACGACAUAGACAAGCUGCAUGUGCUUGUGCAGUAUGUCGAGGAUUAUGCUUAUCUUGAUUUCAUUAUGGGGAAGUCAAAAAGGAACUUAAAUUACCCCCGAAUCCAUGAAGAACCCUACAAAUCGCCUAGUCCCAAAAAGGAAGCCAUAAAGAAACUCGAAUCACCCCCGAAUCCUGUUACAGAAGGAAUGGCUGGGGAAAGAGAAGGACUGCAACAUGAGGGGAAGACAGAGAAAUUGGGGGGAACUCUGAAUUUGGUAGAACUUGAUACAUAUGAACGUAAAUGA